AUAAAACUGGAGUAAAGUAACUAACUGCACGCUGCUGAGUUGAUUCUUGAAAUUCCCAACUCUUAUCUAUUUGUGCUCUGUGUUCAUCUUCUUUCUUUCCUUUGUCAAUUUCUCCACAACCAAAUUCCCAACUGGGCUUCAUUUUCCAUUUCACUAUUACGUAUCAGAAUUCACAAAUUGGAUUUGACAGCUUCGUGAUUGGAUCCUUGCUCUAUAUAAAUACAGUCAAUUUUUCAAUUUUAAUUUGAAGUUAAUGACAUGGAAACGGUUGUCAAUAAUAGCAGAGGAAGCCCUGCCGCCGCCGCAGCCGCAGGGGAGGCGGCGAUUGUAGAUGAGAGAUUCUGCUUCGAAGAAGAAACCCAUCUCACAGUUCACAAGACUUCUGUCUUCGUCCCCGGCGCAAGCGACGGUUUCAUUGUCUAUAACCCCGCCGGCGAGAUUAUCUUCCGGGUUGAUUCCUACGGCCCCGAUUCCGCCUCUAAAGACGAGCUCGUUCUUAUGGAUUCUACCGGAAAAUCCCUCGUCACGCUUCUCCGGAAGAAACCUAGUCUUCAUCAAAGGUGGGAAGGAUUCCUGGGAGAGAAUCAUGAUCAAGAACCAAUCUUUAGCAUCUUCAAGUCAUCAAUUAUAGGACAGUUUAAUGUAGUGGCAGUGGUUCAUGGGCAUGACUCAGAGAAAGAAUACCACGUCGAAGGUUCUUUUGUACAACGAUGUUGUUCCAUUGUUUACGACGGCCAAGCAGCAGCAAGCCACAACAACAGCGAGUCGUCAUCAACAUCGUCGAAAGAAAUCGUGGCGGAAAUCAAGCGGAAAGUUGAUCCUGAUAGGAAUAUCAUGCUAGGAAAAGAUGUUUUCCUGUUAUGCCUAAAACCUUCUGUUGAUGCCGCAUUCAUGAUGGCAUUACUGCUGAUCCUUGAUCGAAUCAGUGGAUCUGAUUCAGAUAUGAAUGAUAGUUUUAGUAGUCAGGUUCAUGAUGUCUUAGAUAAUGACAGCUCUUCUUGAAGAAAAAAUCUAGACUUUGUUCUUUUUUCCAAUCUUGUGGUAGGCUGGAUAUUGUUUUGCUUACGUGCGUUAAUUUACACUACAUAUUUUCACAAACACGUUUCUAAAUUUGUCAGGAACUCAAUUGAAAUUUUGCAAAUCUCUUACCUACCAGAUUUGGGCAGAGAUACUGUAGGUGGUAGUGACUUCAUGGAAAUCUCGUAUAUAAAUAUUUUAUCCGUCCCAAAAUUAUAAUCACAUUCUGUUUCCUUGUAUAGAUUCUCUGUAAAGUCAUUUUGUGUCUAUGAAUGCUACUAAUGUUUCACUAUGGAGAUUCCAUCAUUAGGGGGAUGAAUUUGCAUUGCAGCAGUUGAGAUUUUGGGUUUUUUUUUUUUUUUUU